AUGUUGGAGCAUCACACUCAUGGAAGAACAUGGUGUCCACCACCGUUCACUCGAACACAUUCUCGCCUGACCCGAAGUAUCAUGAACGGUAGCCAAGCUGAAAUCAAGAGCAGUCGUCGUGGCCUUUCGAUGAUACUUUAUAUCUCGACCAAUCCUACAUGCAGUAUCUUAUUGAUCACAUGGUUAUCCCGCUCUCCCGAUGUCAAUGUUAUGAUCCCGCUCAUCUUUGACGGCCUUCCUUCCAUGGGAUCAAGCCUCGAUACAAACAUACUUGUAAUAUCAAAUUGCUCUGAUGACUACUUGGACAAUUACACUUCAGAAGAAAAGACAUUACAAUUGCAUUCUUUGGCCUUGAUCUCUCCAAUACAGACCCAGCAUCAUCAUCUGGCUGCGAACUUCCACUUUUCAAGCGACAUUCUUAGAGUCUCAGACAACCCUCCCAAGUACGGCGAUGAACCUCACAACAAACUCAGCGCUUCUGACCUUGCCACUCAAAGUGCAGUUGAAGAUAUUCGAUCUCCCCAACCUAUCAUGGGCUGUUUGGAACGCAUGUCAGAAAAUGAUUGUCCUACACAUGACACAGAGUCCAUGAUAUCGAACAAUGGUACCAGCGAUACUUGGGACGUGGAUUCAAGUCUGCCGCGACUUGAUAUCCGUAUUCAUUCCGAGAAUAUGUUCAAUUUGAGUAACCCGAAAGAGAUGUUCCUGUUCAUGGCGCAGGCUGGCCCUACAAAUAUCAAGAUGGUAAAGUCGUUGGACAUGUGGAUACCAUUCACGGCCGACACUCCGUUGUGGUUGAUAUUGCUCAACACCUUGCCCAAGAAAGCCGUUGGUCUUAUAUACUUUGCACUUGGAUGA